AUGCACCAUAACAAAGAUAAAUCUUCUGAAGCUCGUUUUUCCUACUUGCAGCUCGCUGUGGGCCCUAUAAAAGGCUCGGCGGCUAAAGAACGUCAGCAAGGUAAUCUGACUUCGGACGGGCAGAAAAGGGAAGAACAUAACGCCACAGAGCAAGCUAGCAUUCGUGAUGGAAAGCAAGCGUCCGGCCUUGAACCAAACCGAGAAGGGAGGCGCAAAGUGCAGGCCUGGGGCGGGUCGAAAAGUAAAAAGACGAGGUCUCAGGAAUUCAUGUUCAAGGAAAUCAGAAAAGACCCCGCAGACUCAUCCAUACUUGUCGAUCCAAAUUCUGAUAAAUUGGAGAGCGCGCAAGCCCAGCUUCAGCUUCUAUUCGACGACCUUGCCGGGGACCGUGAAGGCUCCGCAGCGCGCCAGCAAAGCACGAUCGCGAAAAUGCAGACAGACUUCAACAAAAUACAGCACUGCGAAAUAGAUCCGCGUGAGCUCGACUCAGCUCCGUCUUACAGCUCUGCUAGAUAUUGA